UUGGCACCUUUGGGAAAAUUGAAAAUUAAUAGUCAAAAAGUUCAGCUUUUCAGCAUGGAUUCGCUGCUCCAGAAGAUCUCAGAGCUGUUUCAUAACUUUACUUCCCCCAUUGCAGCGGUGGUAUACAGUCCUAAGAAUGUAGAGAAUGCACAAGAAACCCAAACCACUGCAAACCAAAUACCAGAAGCUUCGAGCCAGGAAACUGGGAAGCCGGACUCUGAUCGAACUGCACCUGAUACCACUGAACCCCUAACCUCUGGUGAUAUUCCAACCCCAGAUGUCAAGUUGCAAAAGUUUAGGGAACAAACGGCUCCAGCUUUAAACUACGAGCUAGAGUUUGUUGACUUCGUAGAUCGCAACGCACCUCAGGGUCUAUCGAAGAAGAUAAUUGAUAUAUUGCCCUAUCUGGAGGUCAGCUUUUUGUCCUGGCCAGCGUUUUGGAUUUGGCGCGGCUACAACUGGCAGUCCGCACGAAAAACGGAGAGAAUCGCAUUUUACAUUCAAAGGACCUAUCAACAGGCCAAGCUAAUGCAGUUGGCUAUCUUAGCCACUGGUCUGUUCACGAUAUCAAUGGGUCGACCUGCCGGCAUACCAAUAGAAAUGCAUACAGUGCACAAUAAUCAGGAAGAAACAGCUGACAUCGGAGACUCCUCUUAGUUCAGAUGGGCAUCCAAAAUUAUUACGGCAAUCUGAAGGAGAAGUUCUCGACGAGGCUUAAGCGAAAGGAGGAGGAACCAGCCAAGGCAAUAGCCCACCCACCUCGGAUGCAUAAUCUUGGCGAGGAGAUACGUUUACUGGUGCAUUCGCAAUCCUUUGAAAAGGCCUACAGUACUGCAGCACCAUUUCUUUUCGCCAGUUUGGGGGCGUGGCCGGGCUAUUGGCUGUUCAGAGGAAUGGAUUACCAUGUUCAUCGAUCGCACAUUCCAUUGCCCAUCUAUAUAAGACAGACCUACUAUCAAGCCAAAGUGGUGCAACUUUUCAUUAUCAUGGCCGGCACAUAUACCGUUUUCAGAAACGCCAGUCGCUUGCGUUUGAUGAAUGCAAAUAGAGUGGCGAAGUCUUCUUGAAAGCCUUCAAAAAUCAUGCAAUUGGAUGUCCAAGAACCAGCGUCUUACAAAUUUCGGAAACAGACCAUCGGAAAGUUGAACUUUUAAUUUAACAAACACAAAAUAUAAACACAAAAAUAUAUUUUAUAUUCAUUUCCU